UCUUCAUCCGUUGUCAGUGUAAAUAACACGUGAAGCAGAAUGGCGGCUUAUUAUCAUGAGGGCACAGUCAAGGGGAAAGGAGAAAGUGAUUUCACGGAUGGGGAUAAAGAAAAAAUAUCAGAACGUUUAAGGAAAGCUAUGAAAGGACUGGGUACAGAUGAAAAAGUGAUAAUUGAAGCUUUGUCUUCACAUACCAACACACAAUUACAGAGUGUUAAGUCUACUUAUAAGACAUUAUAUGGAAGGGACUUAGAAGAGGAUUUGAGAAGUGAGCUUUCAGGGCAUUUUGAAAGCUUAUGUAUUUAUAGAUUAACACCGUCCAGUGAAUUUGAUGCCAAAUGUCUUCGUAAAGCCAUGAAGGGUAUUGGUACAAAGGAGGUGACAUUGGUCGAAAUUCUAUGUUCACAUAAUAACUCUGAAAUUAAAGACAUCAAAGAAGACUACAAGAAAGUUUAUGACCGGGAUCUAGAAGGAGAUAUUAAAGAUGAGACUAGUGGGGAUUUCCAACGUAUAUUGGUGUCAUUACUGCAGGGAAACAGGGACGAGAACCAAACUGUUGAUCAAAAACAAGUAGAAGAUGAUGUUAAGGAACUAAAACAGGCUGGUACUAAACUUAUGUUUGGAACCGACGAAUCUGUGUUCAACAAAAUAUUAGCAAAAAGAAGUUUGUCACAUUUGAAGGCUGUUUUUGAAGCUUACAGAUCUGAUGAACAGAAAGAUAUAGAAACUGUAGUAGCAGACGAGAUGAGUGGAGAUUUGUGCAAAGCUUUUCUUGCUGUUGUGAGGUUUAUAAAGGAUCCUCUCGAGUACUUUGCAAGUUGUUUCCACGAGACCAUGUGUGGUCCAGGCACAGACGAUGAACGUCUAAUGCAACUAGUAGUUGCACACUGUGAGGUUGACCUGAAGGAUAUUGCUGAUAAAUAUAUGGAACUUUACAAGAAAGGGUUAGCUUUAGCCAUAGAGAAGGACACUUAUGGAGAUUAUAGGAAAUUAUUGUUAAGACUUUCUGGAAAAGAUUAAUUUGAUAUGAUUUUAAUCUAAUUUUAGAACCAUUAGUCACUUGCCAUUUUACAUUUAUUUUUAGGUUUUACACAUGUUAAUUGGUAGAACAUUUUGACAUUUAUACACACAUCUUUUUGAAUUUAUUACCACAGAAUUUUUUUUAGUG